AUACCAUCCUCUCUGUGUCAUCCUGGCAGGUACAGCAUUGUGUCAGACAUCAUACCAGAGGAGGAACGCCAGAAGAUCUCCAGUUUAGGACUCUGUAACGGCCACACUUCCUCUAACUUCAGACCACGCUCAGCCGGGGACGCAGACGCAGGAGACAGGAGGAGGUCCAGAGCCUCUUCUGCUGCACCCGUCUUGAGGGGACAGGGAGGCAUGAACAACGGGAAGAUCCUGACCAGGGGCUCCAGCCAACUACGGAGCCGCUUUGUGAAGAAAAACGGACAGUGUAAUGUUCUGUUCACCAACAUGGAGGAAAAGAGGCAGCGCUACCUGGCUGACAUCUUCACCACCUGUGUGGACAUCCGCUGGAGAUACCUGCUGCUCAUCUUCUGCUGCAGCUUCCUGCUCUCCUGGCUCUUCUUUGGGGUCAUUUUCUACACCGUUUCUCUGGCACACGGGGACUUUGACAGAGUGAAGGGGGAGGGGAUUACUGUUGGGGUGCUACAUGGCCACACAGCAGGGGGGAAGGCUCAGAAGAUGCCCUGCAUACUUCACGUCCAGGGUUUUAUCGGGGCGCUUCUGUUCUCCAUGGAGACUCAGACCACUAUUGGUUACGGCUGGCGCUGUGUGACCGAGGAAUGUCCUGUCGCCGUUGUAACGGUGGUCAUUCAGUCCAUCGUAGGCUGCAUCAUCGACUCGUUCAUGAUUGGAACCAUCAUGGCGAAGAUGGCCCGGCCUAAGAAGAGGAACCAGACCCUGGUGUUCUCUAAAAACGCCGUCAUCGCUCUGCGUGACGGGAAGCUGUGCCUUAUGUGGAGGGUGGGGAACCUGCGGAAGAGCCACAUCGUGGAGGCUCACGUCCGAGCUCAGCUCAUACGCUCCUACAUCACCGCGGAGGGGGAGUUCAUCCCUCUGGAGCAGAUGGACCUGAACGUGGGCUAUGAUGAAGGGACGGACAGACUGUUUUUAGUCUCUCCUCUGGUGAUAGUCCACGAGAUAGACAAAGACAGCCCUCUGUAUUCUUUAAGUAAAGCUGACAUAGAGACGGAUAAUUUUGAGAUUGUUGUGAUCUUAGAGGGAAUGGUGGAGGCUACAGCCAUGACCACGCAGUUUCGUAGCUCCUACAUCGCCAGAGAGAUCCUGUGGGGUCACCGCUUCGAGCCGGUGAUCUACGAAGACAGAGACUGCUACAAAGUCGACUACGCUCGCUUCCACAAGACCUACGAGGUGCCGUCCACGCCGCCCUUCAGCGCCAAAGAGCUAGAAGAGGCAGCGAGCCGGGCGUCUUCUGCAGCUUCUCCUUUCUCGGCGUGUAAAACCACCGAAGACCUGAUCCCCCGGUCUGUGAGUACCUUCUGUUACGAGAACGAGAUCGUCCUGAGCUGCGAGGAGGAUGAAGUCUUCACUUCCUCUCAGAGCACAGUGAGGGACAGGACAGAGGAGACGAGGACUUCAGUCUCUGUAGACUUCCAGAAUAUGUUCCAGGACGCGGCGACCGUGACGUCAGGCAGCCACAACAUCAUGUGCGUGCUGGACAUGGACAACAACCAGAUGGAGUUCGACAUCCUGCAGACGGCCAUCCCUCUGGAUCCCAUGAGCUACAAGAGUGAGCAAGAGAUGGAGAGAGUCCAGUGA